AUGGACCCUCAGUAUUUUAAAUCCCAUACAAUGUGUUGGGGUACCCUUGGAACAGUGCGACCUUUCUCCAAUUUCCACCCACAAAAAGAUGUAAUACAGAUCCACCAAGCGCUGGAAAAGAAAGAUGUGGCUACUCUUGUGAGUGUCCUAACAAAUCGCAACAAUGUUCAAAGACGGAUUAUUGCUGAGGCAUUUCAAGGUGCAACAGAACAGGAUUUGGUAGAUCUCAUGAAAAAAUGUAUGUCAGGAGAUCUGGAGGCUCUCAUGCUGGAAUUGAUGAUGCCACCAAUGCAGCACAAUGCUCAUCGCCUGCGGCAAGCCAUGGCGGGUUUAGGUACAGAUGAGGAAACGCUGUUGGAGAUUUUGUGUACAAGAUCCAGCAAGGAGCUUCGGGAUAUUAGCGCCGUGUAUACAGAAAUGUAUGAAAGGGAUCUGGAGAAGGACCUGAAAGCAGAAACCAGUGGAGAUUUCGCGAAGCUUGUCGUUGCUCUCGUCAAAAAAGAUGUCAUCAAAGGCUUUGUUCAAAGAGACAUUGAGUCGCUGGCUGCAUCACUCAACGAGAAAAAAGCUGACGCGGCUCCUUGGAUUGAUAUUCUCACGUCUAGAGAUUCAAACCAUCUUAAAAAAGUGUUGAAGGGACUGGAGCUGGAGAGUGGCCAAAUAUUGAUUCCGGUUCUGGAGAAAAGAUUCUCUGGGGAUAUUCGUCUGGGUUUGAGUGUCUUAGUGGCGUGCAUCCAAAACCCCGAUGCGUACCUUGCCAAAAGAUUAAGCAGAAUGAAGGCCCCAGUAGUACAUGGCGUCAUGGUGUCGCACAGUGAGGAGGAUUUACUUUGUAUCAGAGUGGCCUUCCUUAAACUCACCGGCACUUCUCUCUACACAACACUACAGAAACAUUUCAACGGAGACCAUUUAGAAGCUCUUCUGGCCAUUUGUCGAUCUGAAGAUUAA